AUGAGUGCGUCAACAGGAGAUUUGGAAAGUAUUUUAAAAGAGUUACCUGAAUAUAAACAAUAUGAUGAUCUUUAUAAAGAUGGAAAUAAUGAGUUAAGCGUUGAUUACUGUAAUAACGAUAAUUCGAAUUGGAAAAAUGAAGAUGUAAAAGAAGUUUGUAAUAAUAUUAUUAAAUACUUAAAAAAAUUUGAUAAAAAUAAAAAAAAAGAAAAUAUUAAUUAUGAUGAAUGUUCUUACUUCACUUACUUGGCAUAUGAUCAAAUUAUAAGUAAAUUAGGUAAUAAUGGAGAUAACUUUAUUAACCAAGAAGAUAUAACAAAACUUAAUCACACCAUCCUUUCUGCAUAUAAAAAAAUAGUAGAAAAAGAUUGUAUAUUUUACUUUGAUGGUUAUUUUAAUGAAUGGAAAGAAGAAAAACAUUUGUACUAUUAUUUUAAAAGUUAUAAUCACAUUAAAAAUAAAAAAGGUUCUUCUGGAACAGAACAAAAUAAGUAUUGUAACUAUCUUGAACAGAUAAAAAAUAUAUACGAAAAACAUAUAAGGAAAUGUUGUAAAUAUUUUUUUUUAAAAAAAAAUAGCCAGAACUUAUGCAAAAAGUACAUAAAAUGUGAAGAAUUAUAUAAUCCAUAUUAUCUCUUAUCCGAAUUAAAAUGUAAACAUAAUACAUCCAUUGAUUAUUGGAAAAAACUAAUUCAAGAAUUAAUUAUUGAUAGGGACGUUAUAAUGAUAAAUCAACAUUCAUCUGAAAGAACACGUAUAAACUUUUUAGAUGAUCCUUUUUACAAAGCAAUAACAGUUGGAUUCGUUACAAUAGGACUACUUUUCACAUUAUUCUUAUUCUAUAAAACUUAUCACUACAGGAAAAAUAAAAAUAAAGAAACAUUUUUAGAUCAAAAUGAAUUAUUAGAGAGAUUUUAUUAUGCAAAACACAAAAAGUUAAAUUUAGAAGACAGAAAUAUUUAUUUAUCUUAUUAUUCUAUAUGA